GUAAGCAAGAAAUACAGCAGAAGAAAAGUCUUUCUUUCCUCUCUCCUUCCUCUUGAAGAAACCCUUUUCUACAUAUAAAAAGCCUGCGAUUCCCCUCGUCCACUUCCAUCUCACACCUUCAUUUCAUCUGCAUUUUAUAAACCUUCUUUAAUUUCUCCUCCUCUUCUUCUCACAGCACAAGAGUCCUGCUCAUAGGUAUGUUUCUUAUUCAAGAAACGGAUAAAAGAUGCAAUCUUUCUUUUGUUAUCUUUGAUGGGGUUCUUUGGGUGUUUUCCUUUAUGGGUUUUGUUUAUUUUGUUUAAAGUUCGAAUUUCUUUUUUGGUUUCUGGGUUAGCUUAGAUUGAAUGUUAGCUGAUCUUACUAGAACGAGGUCUUGUUUUCUUUUGCUUGUGGGUAGCGGGUUGACUAUUUAUGUUAGCUUUGGUUCUUUUGUUGUUAAUCUGUCAUCUGAGAGCUUCCUUCUGCUUGUUUAAGUCUGAAAAUUUGGGAAAUACAAGUUGGACUAAAUGGUAUUGGAAGAGUUUAAUCUGACUUCUUCAAUUCGUCUACUGAUGUUAUCUAAUUUUAUAUCUCACAGGUUCUUAGGACUUUCUAUUUUUAGGUUGCUGGGAAAAAUUAGUUUUGUUGCUUGCAAUCACUGAAUUAUUUGAGACUCAUAAUUGUAGUUUCUUCUUUUGGAUUCCUCUUAUGUAUGUAUUUGGUUGUGCUUUUAAGUAAUUAGAUUGUUGUUCCCUUUGACAGAGUGGAUUUUUGAUAUCUACGUGUUGUAAUUAUGCAGGGUUCGGGUAUGUGCAGUGGUUCCAAGGGUGAAACUUUCCCUGCAAAUCCCACCAUGGAAGUUGAAUCUCGCAUCUCGAAGGAUGGCAUCUUGUGCAAAUGCUCAGUUUUGCUUGAAUUGUCAGCCUCUGAUGACCUUGUUGGCUUCAAAAGUGAGAUUGAGGAGAAGGGUUUAGAUGUUGAUGAGGCAAGCUAUUGGUAUGGUAGGAGAAUUGCUUCGAAAAAGAUGGGUCUUGAAGAGAGAACACCCCUUAUGAUUGCAGCCAUGUUUGGAAGUACUAAUGUUUUGAAGUAUAUCAUUGAUACUGGAAAAGUUGAUGUCAAUAGAGCUUGUGGCUGGGAUAAAGUUACUGCCCUUCACUGUGCUGUUGCUGGUGGUUCCAGUUCUUUGGUUGAAGUUGUCAAGCUCUUGCUCGAUGCAUCUGCUGAUGUUAACUGCUUCGAUGCUAAUGGAAACAAACCCAAGGAUCUCCUUAACCCUUCUUUGAAGUCCCCCUGCAAUUCAAGAAGGAAGUUGGUAGAGUUGUUGCUAAAAGGUGAAAGCCCGAGUGAAGAUGAAGAAGAAAAGCUGAUCAUGAUGUCUUUGCCAGCGAAAGAAGGAGCUGAGAAGAAAGAAUAUCCAAUUGAUGUGUCUCUACCAGAUAUCAACAAUGGGAUAUAUGGUACAGAUGAGUUUAGAAUGUAUUGUUUUAAGGUUAAGCCUUGCUCAAGGGCAUAUUCUCAUGACUGGACAGAGUGCCCAUUUGUCCAUCCAGGAGAGAAUGCAAGGAGAAGAGACCCAAAGAAGUAUCCUUACAGUUGUGUCCCUUGCCCUGAGUUUCGCAAGGGGGCAUGCCAGAAGGGCGAUUCCUGUGAAUAUGCACAUGGCGUUUUUGAGUCAUGGCUGCAUCCUGCUCAAUAUAGAACCCGGCUUUGCAAGGAUGAGACUGGUUGCUCGCGGAAGGUUUGUUUCUUUGCUCACAAGCCUGAGGAAUUGCGGCCUGUAUAUGCUUCCACAGGUUCAGCAAUGCCUUCACCCAAGUCUAUUUCAGUUAGUUCAAUGGACAUGGCAACACUGACUCCACUGAGUCUGGGUUCACCAUCAUUGACAUUGCCUGCUGUCUCAACACCACCCAUGUCUCCCUUGACAGCAGCCUCUUCAUCCCCCAAGAGUGGAGGCUUAUGGCAGAAUAAAGUUAACCUCACCCCACCAGCUUUGCAGCUCCCAGGAAGUAGGCUAAAGACGGCGUUAUGUGCUAGAGAUUUGGAUUUGGAGAUGAAAUUGCUUGGGCUGGAAAAUCACAUUAACCAACUUCAGCAGCAGCAAUUGAUGGAUGAUCUAUCUGGUCUAUCCUCCCCAUCCUGUUGGAGCAAGGACUUCAACGGGAUUGGAGAUUUGAAGCCUACUAACCUUGAUGAUGUUUUUGGAUCUCUCGAUCUUUCUUUGUUGUCUCCAUUGCAGGGGAUGUCAUUAAACCCUUCAACACCAACCCAAUUGCAAUCUCCUACUGGACUUCAGAUUCGCCAAAAUAUGAAUCAGCUUCGUUCAAGCUACCCGGCGAAUCUCUCCUCCACUUCCUUGAGGAAACCUGCUUCACAUGGAUUUGAUUCAUCUGCUGCAGUGGCUGCAGCUGUGAUGAAUUCGAGGUCGUCUGCCUUCGCUAAGCGGAGCCAUAGUUUCAUUGACCGUGGAGCAGCAACCAACCGCUUUGGUAUCACUGCAGCAGCAAAUUCUGUAUCCAUGAUGUCCUCUAAUCUUUCAGACUGGAGCUCUCCAGAUGGAAAACUCGAUUGGGGCGUUCAAGGAGACGAGCUAAACAAGCUCAGGAAGUCUGCUUCGUUUGGGUUUCGGAGCACCAACAGCACAACAGCAGCAAACUUGACACUGUCCAAAGUCGACGAGCCUGAUGUGUCUUGGGUGAAUUCCUUGGUUAAAGAUGUUCCUACUGCUGGCUUUGGUGUUAAAGGAGUUCAUGAAUCGGUUCCGCCAUGGAUGGAGCAGUUGUACAUAGAACAAGAGCAGAUGGUGGCAUAAGCAAACAUCUGUGUGCUCCAAGCUUAUCCUGACAAAUUCGAUACUGUUCGAAUUCUUCUUAGUAGAUGAUGAUUUUAUUAUGAUUAGAAACAUAGAAGUUAAAUAAUAGUGAAGUGCAGAUCAGUGAAAGAAGACAUAAGAAACUCUCUGCUCAUUAUCAUUCAUAGACCAACAGAGGAAUUAGGAUAAAAAUUAGAAGGAACAAGAAAGUUUGAUAAUUUUUUAAUUAUUUAUUAUAUUCUUAUUUCUUUUUCUCCCCAACUGAGGAGAAUGUGCUUUGUAUUUCUGAGAAAAAUUUAUGAUUCAAUGGAAUAUGGAGGACUAUAAGUUCUCUGAUAAAAUUCUGUAAUAUUAUCCUCUGGAAUCUUCUCUUUCUAGUUGCCUCAUAAUAACAGCUUAUUGCAACCUUUGUAAUAAAAUACUCUUUGUCA